AUGUUCUCGUCGCUUCCGGAGUUCAAGGAGGAGUGGUCCGCGACCGUGUCGGACGACUCGGACGGAAUCAUGGACACGCACGAACACGUCCACCGAGGCCCGCCGUCGGGGGCGGUGCGCCAGUACCCACGUGUUUGUGUCGCCCGCGAUCGGGACGAUCGCGGCGCUGCGGCCGCGGCCAAGGGGCUCGUGGCGCUCUCCGCGUCGGCAUAUCGAUCGCAGGCGGCGGGCCAAUCCGAAAAGGCAAUCCGCUGCCCGGCCGACGCCCCCCAGCCGGAUCCUCCCGGCAGCACCUUUAGCCGCCCGCCCCCGCCGUGCCUCGCGAUGCUCCACUGGCACCAGACAGCGGCGGUGGCUGUCCCUUGCCUUUUCGGGGCUCUAAUCUCCUCGGUUCGGCUCCCAGCCCCAACGCUCGAGGCUCCUUGUACUUGCGCACACAGCAACUCUGGAGCAUACACGAAGUCUCGAACACACUGCUUACCGUCAGCGCGAGCCCAGCGCAUCAUCUACACGGAUCCUGAACGACAUCUGUCCUGGAGCGGGACACAAGCGGAAGGCUACCCCGACCCUUCCUCUCCGCGGUCAACUUGGCAAUGCAAUGACAGCGAGCGGUGCAGAGAAGCUCGCGGCCACGCUUUCGCUCUUGGUGAUGCUGUGCGCUUUUCGCGCACCCUCAACGCAUCGUGUCCGGCGGGGCAACGCGUUUGCUUUGGGCCAUCAACAACACAUUUAGCUGCUGCGCACGUCAGCGAGCUCGAGGGCUUGGAGAUGCGGUGUCGACCAACGCAGUUUUCGUGGGGUAUCCAAUACGUGGCGGACAUCUCUAGUCGCCCCAGAUCCUCUUCCUUCCGAAGCUCUACCCCGCGAGAUGAAGUGACAGCCAGCGGCGCGGAGAGCACGUCAGACCACCCGUCCACAGUUCCCCGCUACUCAGCUGAUGCUGCGUGCGCCAACUGCAAGUAG